GAACACGGCUAAUUGAAGACAGCACAUCGGGCAGCACAACGGCAGACCACAUCAGCAAUUGUGCCAAAGGAUUAAACAGUCAAUUGCCCAGGACAUUUGGUGCCGUGUCGUGUCAACUGAAGAUGUAAAGUGCUGGCCGAGCCGUUUUUGUUCCAGUUGAUAUUGUGUUAAUUGAGAGGCAGCGUCAUUAUGGAAACGGACGCUGAAAAGGCGGCUGGCUCCCGCCUGGAUUACGAUCUGAUGAUGGCCGAGGAGUACAUACUCAGCGAUGUGGAGAAGAACUUCAUUCUGGCCUGCGAGCGCGGUGAUUUGCCAGGUGUCAAAAAAAUCCUAGAGGAUUACGCGGAGACUCCGUCCGACAAGUUCAACAUCAACUGUACGGAUCCCAUGAAUCGCUCCGCUCUGAUAUCGGCCAUUGAGAAUGAGAAUUUCGAUCUGAUGGUCCUGCUGCUGGAGAACGACAUUCAGGUGGGCGAUGCCCUGCUGCACGCCAUAUCCGAGGAGUAUGUGGAGGCGGUCGAGGAGCUGCUGCAGUGGGAGGAGAGCCACCACAAGGAGGGCCAGCCCUAUAGCUGGGAGUCGGUGGAUCGCUCGAAGUCCACUUUCACCACGGACAUAACGCCGCUGAUUCUGGCUGCACAUCGCAACAAUUACGAGAUACUCAAGAUCCUGCUGGAUCGAGGAGCAACGCUGCCCAUGCCGCACGAUGUCAAGUGCGGUUGCGAUGAGUGUGUGACCUCGCAGACCACGGACUCGCUGCGUCACUCGCAGUCGCGCAUCAACGCCUAUCGGGCACUCUCGGCCAGCUCGCUGAUAGCGCUCAGCUCACGUGAUCCUGUGCUCACCGCCUUUCAGUUGUCAUGGGAAUUGAAGCGCUUGCAGGCCAUGGAGUCGGAGUUCCGUGCGGAAUAUACGGAAAUGCGUCAAGCGGUGCAAGACUUUGUAACGGCGCUCUUGGAUCACGCGCGCACCUCCACGGAGCUGGAGGUGAUGCUGAACUUCAAUCACGAGCCAUCUCACGAGAUCUGGUUUCCCGGCCAACGCCAGACACUGGAUCGCCUGAAGCUGGCCAUACGCUACAAACAGAAGACGUUUGUGGCACAUCCGAACGUUCAGCAAUUGCUCGCCGCCAUUUGGUAUGAGGGUCUGCCUGGCUUUCGACGCAAACAAGCAUCCCAGCAGCUCAUUGACGUCAUCAAGCUGGGCUGCAGCUUCCCCAUCUACAGCUUGAAGUACAUCCUGGCACCAGACUCCGAAGGUGCCAAAUUCAUGCGCAAGCCCUUCGUCAAGUUCAUCACGCACUCCUGCUCCUACAUGUUCUUCCUAAUGCUUUUGGGCGCAGCUUCGUUGCGUGUGGUACAAAUUACUUUUGAGCUGUUGGCAUUUCCCUGGAUGUUGACCAUGUUGGAGGAUUGGCGGAAACACGAGCGAGGCUCGCUGCCGGGACCCAUAGAGCUGGCUAUUAUCAUGUACAUUGCGGCGCUGAUAUUCGAGGAGCUCAAGAGCCUGUAUUCCGAUGGCCUGUUCGAGUACAUCAUGGAUCUGUGGAACAUUGUGGACUACAUAUCGAACAUGUUUUAUGUCACUUGGAUACUUUGUAGAGCCACCGCCUGGGUGAUAGUGCACCGUGAUUUGUGGUUUCGUGGCAUCGAUCCGUACUUUCCUCGCGAGCAUUGGCAUCCCUUCGAUCCCAUGUUGCUCUCAGAGGGCGCCUUUGCUGCGGGCAUGGUCUUCUCCUAUUUGAAGCUGGUGCACAUCUUCUCGAUAAAUCCGCACUUGGGGCCGCUGCAGGUGUCGCUUGGCCGCAUGAUUAUCGAUAUUAUCAAAUUCUUCUUCAUCUACACCUUGGUGCUGUUUGCCUUCGGCUGCGGUCUCAACCAGCUGCUCUGGUACUAUGCGGAGCUGGAGAAGAACAAGUGCUAUCACCUGCAUCCCGACGUUGCUGACUUCGAUGACCAGGAGAAGGCCUGCACCAUCUGGCGGCGCUUUUCCAAUCUGUUCGAGACCUCGCAAUCGUUGUUCUGGGCAUCGUUUGGCCUCGUAGAUCUCGUCUCGUUCGAUUUGGCUGGCAUUAAGAGCUUCACGCGCUUCUGGGCGCUGCUGAUGUUCGGCUCCUAUUCGGUUAUCAACAUUAUUGUGCUGCUCAACAUGCUUAUUGCCAUGAUGUCGAACUCGUAUCAAAUCAUUUCGGAGCGUGCUGAUACGGAGUGGAAGUUUGCUCGGUCGCAGCUGUGGAUGAGCUACUUUGAGGACGGCGGCACCAUACCUCCGCCCUUCAACUUGUGCCCCAACAUGAAAAUGUUGCGCAAGACACUCGGACGCAAGCGACCCUCCCGCACCAAGAGCUUCAUGCGCAAGUCGAUGGAGAAGGCACAGACACUGCAUGACAAAGUGAUGAAGCUGCUGGUGCGUCGUCAUGUGACAGCCGAGCAGAGGCGUAGGGACGAUUACGGCAUUACCGAGGAUGAUAUCAUUGAGGUGCGCCAGGACAUUAGCUCGCUGCGCUUCGAGCUGCUGGAGAUUUUCACCAAUAACAAAUGGGAUGUGCCAGACAUUGAGAAAAAGACGCAAGCAGCUGCUCGUAGCACCAAGGGCAAGGUAAUGGAGCGUCGCAUUAUGAAGGACUUCCAGAUUGGCUUUGUAGAGAAUCUGAAACAAGAAAUGGACGAUAGUGAGAACGGACGUGACAUUUUCGCCUCUCUGGCCAAGGUCAUAGGCAGAAAGAAGACGCAAAAGGGUGACAAGGACUGGAAUGCCAUUGCCAGGAAGAACACGUUUACCGCUGAUCCCAUUGGAUCGAAACGCUCCUCGAUGCAGCGCCAUAGCCAGCGCAGCUUGCGGCGCAAGAUCAUUGAGCAAGCGAACGAGGGACUGCAGAUGGACCAGACCCGGUUGAUAGAAUUCAAUCCCAACCUGGGCGAGGUGACACGCGCCACACGGGUGGCUUAUGUGAAGUUCAUGCGCAAGAAGAUGGCAGCCGACGAGGUGUCCGUGGGCGAGGCAGAGGAUACUGAUGCUGAGAAGAAACCAGACGUCGCUGGCUCCAAAAAGGCGCCUGCCGGAGGUUCAUCCAUGAUGGCAGCUGCUGCUCUGCGUGCCUCCGUCAAGAACGUGGACGAGAAAGCCACUGCAGGGGACAAGAAAGAUGACAAGGACAAGAAACCCACGAACGACAAGAAGCCUGGCGAUAGUAAGCCCGAUGCGAAGCCCCAAGCGCCAGCCGCUGCUGGAAAGCCCGCGCAGCCAGCCACCAAGCCGCCAACAGCAGCCAAGCCCAAUGAACAGUCAAAGUCCAGCAGCGAUGCAGCCAAGCCCAAUGCACCGGCGCCGCCAGCUAAGCCGGCUGAUGCUAAGCCUGCAGCCCCCAAGCCAAGUGAAGCCGCUAAGCCGGAAGCAGCGGCCAAGAAAGAGGAGGCAGCCAAAAGCGAGGCGGCCAAGCCACCAGCCGCAGCUGGGGCAGCUGCCAAGAGCGCAGCGCCAUCAGCGCCCGCAGAUGCCAAGCCGGACACCGAUAAGAAAUCCACAGCGACGACUGCCACACCCAGCGGCACGAAGGCAGCAAAUGAGUCCAGUGGUGGAGCAACGCCGGCCGCUAAGCCGGAGGACAAGAAAGACGGACAGACCCAGAAAGCCGAUGACAAGAAGGAAAAGGAUGCCAGUGGCAAGCCGGGCGAGACGAAGCCCCCUGCAGCAGCUGGGGCUAAGCCAGGCGAUGCCAAGCCAGAUGACAAAAAGCCAGACGACAAGAAGCCAGACGAUAAGAAACCUGCCACGGCGCCACUCAAGCCGGCGAUCAAAGUGGGUCAAAGCAGUGCCGCAGCCGGCGGUGAGCGCGGCAAGUCCACCGUCACAGGCCGCAUGAUCUCCGGCUGGUUGUAAGAGAAGCCACAUCAGCGUGUUUCAAUAAAACUCUAGUUGGUAUUUCUAGCUGAUACUAAGUACUCAAAAUGUGUGUAAACAAAUAAACGAAACUAUAAAUUAAACUUAAAA